UCAGAGAAAGCAAUGAAAUGUCAAUUAUCUCCAAAAAAAAAUAUUCCAUGCAAUGAUUAUCUCUGUCUGUUCACUGAUCAUUUAAAUUUAUUCAUCUCAGGUCACGAGUUCCUGACUUUUCGGUCCGGAAAUGGCAGGCCUCGGCGGUGGACAUUUUCUGGGGAAUUGCCGAAUAGUGGAGGGACUAAGGAGCCAUGGAGGCGACUUAAAGGUCUUUGACAUCUGUCUGCGAAGACGAUCUCUGUUAUGAUUUCUUUCUGUACCUAAUUUCCAAUAUGUACAAACCCGUCCUCCGCACAUCUGCACGUCAAUUGAGCUCUGCUGCUCGUCCGGUAGCUGUUCGAAGCUAUGCUGCCCACGCUACCCCGCAGCCAUUCAAUUGGCAAGACCCUUUGGAUGCUCAGAACUUAUUGACGGAGGAAGAAAUUGCGAUCUCGGAGACCGCGGAAUCAUAUUGUCAGGAGAGAAUGCUGCUUAGGGUGCUUCAGGCGUACAGAGAUGAAAACUAUGAUAAGAAGAUCCUAGAGGAGAUGGGCGAGCUGGGCUUGCUUGGUGCCACGAUCAAGGGCUAUGACUGUGCGGGCGUAUCCAAUGUUGCCUCGGGUCUCAUUACAAAGGCUGUGGAGAGAGUAGACAGCGGAUACAGAUCUGGCAUGUCAGUUCAGUCGAGCUUGGUGAUGGGUGGCAUUGAUGAGUUUGGCACACAAGAGCAGAAGGAGAAGUUCCUGCCCAAGAUGGCUAAAGGGAAGCUAUUGGGUGCCUUUGGCCUGACUGAACCGAAUCACGGAAGUGAUCCUGGAUCAAUGGAGACAACUGCGAAGCCACAUCCGACCAAGAAGGGGUAUCUCUCAAUUUCUGGAGCGAAAACAUGGAUCACAAACAGUCCUAUUGCGGAUGUAUUGCUGGUUUGGGCAAAGCUCGCUGAGACUGGCAAGAUUCGAGGGUUCUUGAUCGAGAGAUCAGAAUGCCCGCCUGGGACAUUGGAGACGCCACCCAUCAAGGACAAGAAUGGUCUGCGGGCUUCACUCACUGGCAUGAUUCAACUUGAUGAGUGCCCUGUGCCAGAAGCAAAUAUGUUCCCAGAUGUUGAGGGUUUGAAAGGGCCAUUCACAUGUCUAAAUAGUGCCAGAUUCGGUAUUGCUUGGGGCACCAUGGGUGCUUUAGAGGACUGUAUCGACAGAGCAAGGACAUAUGCUUUGGAGAGGAAGCAGUUCAAGGGCAACCCAAUUGCCAAGUAUCAACUUGUGCAAAAGAAGCUGGCAGAUGCUACAACGGAUGCGGCAUAUGGGACUUUAGCAGCGAUACAGGUAGGACGUCUAAAGGACGAGGGCAAAGCUGCACCAGAAAUGAUCAGUAUGAUCAAAAGACAGAACUGUGAUCGUGCACUUGUGAAUGCACGUAUCUUGCAGGAAGUCUUCGGGGGCAACGCUGUCAGUGAUGAGUACGGAAUCGGUCGACAUGUGGCGAAUUUGUUCGUUACUCAGACAUAUGAGGGCCAGAGUGAUAUUCACAGUCUCAUUCUCGGAAGAGCUAUCACAGGAAUCCAGGCUUUCGUAUAGAAUUAGAUCUCCCAACAGAGUUGAAAUGAAAAUUGCACUGUACCUGAAUUAAGCAAAAAGUUUAUAAGCACUUCCAAUGACUGGUAGAUUAUUGGUAAGCUAGACUUGAAGUCUAGAACAGGUGGUUGUGUCUCGGGUGCUUACUGGACGUGAUACUGGCGGUUAGAGAAUUCUCUUUGAGCUCGGCGGCAAGCAUUGCAAAUGUGGGAUGCAACUCGGUGACAUGUUUCCAACAGUUCGGCACUCCACCGCUUCUUG